AUGGCGAAUGAAAGCAGAGGUCAGAAGUCUUUAAAUGUGCUUUAUGAGGAUAAGUUCUGCAAGCUUACAAAAGAGGCCUUGUUAUUGAAACUGUACUACUUCCCAUGGGGUAAUAAAAAGAUUCCAGUGAGAGAUAUUUGCUACGUUUAUUACAAGAAGCAAGAGAGCCGUAACGAUUUAUUUAAGACAAAAGAUUGGGGCAUGACCUUGUCGCCAAUAUGGUGGGCUUGCGAUAUUGGGAGAUCUUUCCGAGGGUUUGGUCAAGCUAGAUACUGCAAUGUUGUAAUUGAUAGCGGAUCACCGAUAAUGGCUGGCUUCUCUGUGGUAGAUUUUGGUGAGUUCGCAUAUCAUCUAAGGCAACUUUUAGAAGAAGGUCGUUUUAGACCCGACCUUAUUCCUGAUUGCACGACGAGACAAAGAAAUGCUAAUUAG